GCCUCCCCAUUUUUAAUACUAACCCCUGGGCUUUGAACUGAGAAUGCCCUCCGAAAGCAAUUACAUUCACAACCUCAGUGGCAAACUUAAUUGUCCCUGUGGGACACAGGCAUGCCCAGGGGAAGAUGUGCCCAGGGCUACUCAGUGCCCACACGGGAGCCCACACCUCCUGCUUGCAAAAUUUUACCGUCCCUCUGACCAACUACUAAGGAACUGACGUCCCAAGCAUUGGCCUCAUCUCUGCCUUAACCUGGGGCAGGGUGGGGAGAGCAGGCCAGGGACCCACAGGAGGGCUCAGCCUUGAGAUUGCAUGGCAGACAUAACAAGGGGUGGGGACCCUGGCGGGCAAGGCGUGGCGUAGCACGUGAUAUCCAGCCCAGAGACCCGGGUCUAGCACUCUCAGGCGCCUCCUGUACCUGACUGGUCUCCUCAUGGACUGCACCGUGGUGCUCAUCACCGGCUGUUCUUCGGGCAUUGGCCUGCACCUGGCCCUGCGUCUGGCAUCUGACCCGUCCCGAAGUUUCAAAGUGUAUGCCACGCUGCGGGACCUGAGGGCGCAGGGCCCGCUGUGGGAGGCGGCCCGGGCCCGAGGGUGCCCUCCCGGCUCCCUGGAGACCUUGCAGAUGGACGUGAGGGACGCAGAUUCCGUGGCCGCUGCCCGGACACGCGUGACCGAGGGCCGCGUGGACGUGCUGGUGUGUAACGCGGGCCGGGGCCUGCUCGGGCCGCUCGAGGUGCUCACGGCGGGGGCCGUGGCCUCCGUGCUGGACGUGAACGUGGCCGGGACCGUGCGGACGCUGCAGGCCUUCCUGCCGGACAUGAAGCGCCGCCGCUCGGGACGCAUAUUGGUGACCGGGAGCAUGGGAGGCUUGAUGGGGCUGCCCUUCAACACCGUUUACUGCGCCAGCAAGUUCGCCAUCGAAGGUUUAUGCGAGAGUUUGGCGGUUCUGCUGCAGCCCUUCGGGGUCCACGUGAGCCUCAUCGAGUGCGGCCCGGUGCACACCGCCUUCCAGGAGAAGCUGGAGGGCGGCCCGGGCGGGCAGCUGGACGGCGCAGACGCCGAGACCCGCGAGCUCUUCUCCCGCUACCUGCGCCACUGCGAGCAGGUCUACUGCGAGGCGGCGCAGGACCCGGAGGAGGUGGCAGAGGUCUUCCUCACCGCGCUGCGCGCCCCGCGGCCGGCCCUGCGCUACUUCAGCACCGAGCGCUUCCUGCCCCUGGCACAGCUGCGCCUCUCCGACCCCAGUGGCUGCAGCUACGUGGCCGCCAUGCACAGCGCAGUGUUCGCCGACGAGCCCGCCGAGGACCCCGACGGGCCCGGGCGGAGGCCGGAGCCGGAGAAGUGGGGGGGCCCUGAGCUCGGCGCUCCUCCCGCUGCCCCGCAAUAAUAAAGGCUUGGUCC